AACUAUCCGGAAGCCAUUGCCUGUCUCCAGAAAAAAUACGGCGAUAGCGAUUCGAGAAUUGAAGAUCUUCUAGCAGAUCUGCAACGAUGCAAGGCGGAAAAAAGAGACACAAAUUCGAUGAAGGAUAUCCAGACGCGGACACUUGAAAAACGAGCCGAUCUGGAAAAUCCAAAGGAUUGGACAUGGGCAAAAAUGCAGAAAGAGCUUAGCGGCAUACUCCAAAGAAGAGAAUAUGUCGAACAAACGCGAAACAAGAUAAACGCCAUUCAAGAAAGCCCUGCAGAAAGACCCAUGCAACCAAUCCGUGGCAACAGACUCACUUGCAUAUAUUGCAAGCGAUUCGGCCACCAAUCCGCCGACUGCCGGACGAUCAAGUUGUCAGAAAGGCUUCCCUUUUUAACAAGGAAUAGGCUUUGCAUCAAUUGUGCAAAACCUUUCCACACAGCGAAUGUAUGCCCAAAUCCUCCAUGUAAGAAAUGUGGACGGACACAUCACAUAUCGCUGUGUGCAGCGCCGAGCAGUCCGCCAAAUCCUCAAGAAGGCCGUCGAUAUGCAACAAGCUCCACCCGGCCCGUGUUUCAACAGCAAACACGGCAACCAGCACAAAAUAAAAGGAGUGCGCCAAAAACGACAAAAAGCACACCAAUCACUAACCAGAAUGUAGUCGUCCAAGAGCGACUCAACACAACCGCGGAUUCCAACGACGAGAAAACAGAGAAAAGGGCCACUGGCAGUGUCAGCAGAGCAAAAACUCUACUCUUAACAGGAACCGCGAUCCUACUUGACAAAAAGGAAAAAGUCCACACCUUUCACCUAUACGACAGUCCCAUAUUGACAGCCCAUGUAAAAGAAGCCGACCUCACAAGAGAAGAUCUGGACGUGAUCAAUCGUAAACGUACUCCUCUAUCGAGCAAACUUGAUGGAGUACAGUGCGCGCCUCAGAUUCUGUUAGGCUGUGACUAUCUCUGG